AAGUUUCUCUCUCAGCUCCUCUCAGAAACAAAGCCCCACACCCUCCUCCUUCACUCUCUCCCCAAAUCUCACCUCCCUCUUCUUCCUCCUCUAGUCCUCCCCAAACCCACCUACUCCCUUCUCUCUAAAACCCAGAAACCCACAUACCCAAAAUGCAGCUCCCUCUCCCCCACAUAACCCACCUCUCAAUUUCUCCAAUUUCUUAAAAAAGAUCAAAACUUUCUUACUGGGUUUUUGCUUCUGCCUUCAAAAUUUGAUCUUUCCACGAGGCAAUGUGAGCCGGGCUUUAUACGAUGGUGGCCGCCAUUUCCGACCCGAAACCCACCACCACCACCAACACGACCCGGCCGCCUCUUCUCCACAAUGCCUCCUCCGCCGCUUCUUCCGCCGCCUCCCAACGACGCGUCGUCCUCCGCGGCCGUCAGGUCUCCUCCAAGUACAUGUCCACCACUCCUUCUCCUUCUCCUUCUUCCUCCACCUCCACCACCACCUCCUCCUCCUCCUCUUCCCGGCGAUGCCCUUCGCCGCUCCUCUCCCGCUCCAUGAACUCCUCCCCGGCGCCGAAUUCGGUCCCCAAACGAGCCCAAUCCGCCGACCGGAGGCGACCCGGUACUCCCCAUACCCGACCCGACCCGAGACUCAGCAAUGCCGGCUCCGAAGCCUCCGCCGCGACCCGCCUCCUCGUCACCUCCACCCGGAGCCUCUCCGUUUCGUUUCAGGGCGAAGCUUUCUCUCUCCCGAUCAGUAAAGCCAAGGCCGCUGCCGCCGCCGCUCCGGCGAGAAAGCCCACCCCGGAGCGCCGGAGGUCGACGCCGGUCAGAAGGGACGCAGAUCAGGUGGAGAAUUCCCGGCCCGGCGAUCAGCACCGGUGGCCGGCAAGGACUCGGCAGCCGGGUCACCCGAACCCGAAUUUGAGUAGGAGUGUGGAGUUGAGUAGUGUGAGUAAUGGGGUUGGAUCUGGUGUGGUAGCUAGGGCAUUGUUGCAGGUUGAUGAGAGUAGCAGAGGGUCGAGGUCAAGAUCGUCUUUUGAUAGAAGGCUGAGCUUGGAUUUGGGGCACUUGGGAGGCAAUGCUGAUGUGUUGAGAGCUUCUCAGCACAACCCUGAUGCUAGUAAUGAGUCCUCUGUGCCGUCUGAUCCCACCGCCUCCGACACAGACAGUGUUUCCUCUGGCAGUACUUCAGGUGUUCAGGACUCCAAUGGUGCUGCCAAGAGCAGGGGAGGAGGAGGAGGAGGAGCUGCCGUGCCUCGCGGUAUUGCUGUGUCCGCGAGGUUCUGGCAGGAGACUAAUAGCAGGUUGAGGAGACUGCAGGACCCCGGCUCGCCUCUGGCUACUAGUCCUGUGUCUAGAACAGGGAGUGCAGGGAAGUACAUUCAGUCGAAGAAGUUUAAUGUUGAUAAUAACAACAAUGCUGUGUCGUCUCCUAGGACAUUGGCUUCUCCUGUUAGGGGAGCUAGUAGGCCGGCUUCGCCGGGGAAGCUUUGGACGUCUUCGUCUAUGUCACCGUCCAGGGGGAGUGCUAGUCCUUCUCGAGUGAGGAAUAGUUUUGGUGGUCCUGGUCAAUUGAGUAGUGGUUAUGGCCCGGCUAGUACGCCCUCGUUUCUUAGCUUCUCUAUUGAUACUCGGAGAGGGAAGAAGGGGGAAGACCGCAUUGUUGAUGCAUACAUGCUCCGGCUUCUGUAUAACCGUCAUCAGCAGUGGCGGUUUGUAAAUGCAAGAGCAGAUGCUACAUACAUGGUGCAGAGAGUGAAUGCAGAGGAAAACCUUUGGAAUGCAUGGGUAACAAUCUCAGAGCUACGACAUAAUGUCACACUUAAAAGGAUCAAGUUACUUUUGUUGAGGCAUAAGUUGAAGCUAACUUCUAUCCUCAAAGGACAAAUCAAGUAUUUGGAAGAUUGGGCUCUUCUGGAUAGAGAUCACUCUAGUUCUUUGCUAGGAGCAAAUGAAGCUUUGCAAGCCAGUAUCCUCCGUCUUCCAGUUGUUGGAGCAAUAGUUGACUUUCAAGAGCUGAAAGAUUCUGUGGGUUCAGCAGCUGAUGUUAUGGAGGCAAUGGCAGCCUCAAUAUGCUCUCUUUCGUCAAAGGUGGAAGAAAUGAACUGCUUGGUAUCUGAACUUGUGAAGGUGACUACAACAGAACGUCUUGUGCUUGAACAAUGCAAAGAUUUUUUGUCGACGAUAUCAGCUAUGCAAGUCAAGGACUGUAGCUUGAGAACACAUAUAAUUCAACUAAAACGUCUACCGUUACCCGCAGCCUGACAACACGUGUGUAGAACUGAUGUUAUUUGACUACUCACUCCUAAUGCUAACAUUUACACGGAAAGUUUCUUUUUCCCCCAUGCGGAGGCACCAGAGGUAAUAUGGAUGGAUGAAAUAGCUAAUUUUGGCUUCUGAGUUUGGCAUUUUUGGAACCUGUUGUGGUCUUCUCUAUGUCAUGUAUGUUAUGUAUCUGAAGAAUACACAAAAAGGGGCUUUAACCUCUUAGUAGUUAGCUGUAUACAAGCACUCUUUCUCUCCUAAUGUGGAAAAUCGAAAUGUAUAUGUAAAUACAAGUAAUGUUCUCCUCUCCUCUAUUAAGUUAGUAGAUUGUAGUAAAG